AUGAGAACCUCAGCAAACAGACGAAUAAAGGCGCUGACAGGAGCAGGCUUCCCAUUCGGAGCAGCAUACGGUCAACAAGUGGCAGGCUACUGGUACCCACCUGCGCCAGCUGCUUACCCAGCUGCUCCUGCACCUUCCGCACAACUCCAGGGACAAUUCUUGCAAGGAAUGCAAGGAUACGCUGCCUAUGGCCAAUUCGCCGGAUACCAGCAAGGAUAUAUGGGUAUGGGAAUGGCACAGCUUCCUGGUGCUUGGCAGGGAGUUCCCGCCCAAGCCCAAUUGCCCACGACGGCGCAGCAAAUCGCCCAAGGUGCCGCCUUGCCGCAAGCAGCCGGUGUUGUCGCUUACCCAAUGCAACAAUUCCAGUUGUCCGAUGACGAAUGGUUAACACCCAGUCUACUGGUAUAAGAAAGAACGUGCGCGUGCUCACCUGCCCGUGAGUCCAUUAUAUUGGCAGUAAUAAUAAUAAUAAUAAUAAUAAUAACAAUGAUGAUAAAAUGAUAUGGUUAAUUUCAAUUGUUAUUAUCCGAUGUGAGAAUGUAAUGUUCGACCAAGAAAUUUAUUCAAAUACAAAACAUAUGCGGUCCAUUAUUAUGAUCCACACGCCUUUGGCACGCAGUAUUUUCGUAUGUUACAUAUAUAUUGUGACUAGAUAUUAAUUUAUUAUCGAUAUGUAGGUAUAAAAUAUAUUAUAAUAUGA